AUGCGUUCAACGCAACGCAAGGCAACGCGAAGCAAUGCAGACAAGUCGAAGUACAAACGGUGUGUCAAGUGGCUCUCCAAUUUGCAGGCUUGUUCGAGUCCACUGAAAUCACACUCACCUGGAUCAUCAGACUUGGCUGUUUCUCCAGGUUGUGAGUUUCAACAGAGAUGGGCUACUAAAGACCUUCUGUCCUUAGAAGGAAUAACUGGACUUCAAGGACUUGAAACUGCCCCAAAAACUUAA